AUUUGUUUCCAGUGGGCGCUCGCUGCUGUUUGCGCGGGCAGGUUUAGAGCUCAUUGUAGCGGGCGCCUCUCUGUUUGCUGGAACCGCCGGGCCGAGCAGUAUGACUUCCGCGCUGGAAAACUACAUCAACCGAACUGUUGCUGUUAUUACUUCUGAUGGGAGAAUGAUAGUGGGAACACUGAAAGGUUUUGACCAGACCAUUAAUUUGAUUUUGGAUGAAAGCCAUGAACGAGUGUUCAGCUCUUCACAAGGAGUAGAACAAGUGGUACUAGGGCUGUACAUCGUAAGAGGUGACAAUGUUGCAGUCAUUGGAGAAAUUGAUGAAGAAACAGAUUCUGCGCUUGAUUUGGGGAACAUUCGAGCAGAACCUCUAAACUCUGUAGCACACUGAGGACAAACUUACAUACACUGGAUAUCUGUAAAUCUUUGUACAGAAACUGAUUAUUCUGAGGACAAUGCGUGGAAUUUUUAUGAAUAUGUAAUUGUGGAGUUU